AUGGCAUUGCAAGGGGCUGAGCAGACGAUCCUUCGGGAUCCAGCUCUAUUCUAUUGGAUAUUGAUUCCGAUUACCAUUGUCAUGAUACUAACAGGAAUUCUCCGCCACUACGCCACUGUCCUCAUGAACUCACCCCCCAAACCCCCAUCCACGCUCGCCGAAUCCCGCGAACGCUACUCCAUCUUCCGCGGUGUUAACCUCCGCAGCAACGGCUUUGUCCUACCCACCGAGUCCUUUGAGAUGCGCAAGAGCUAUCUUAUCUCCGCAUACGAGAAUGGCGCGUUCUUGAAGGACCCGGAGAACCGGGGCCAGCCGCCUGCGAAUCCGAUGACAGACCCGGCGGGCAUGGAUGCUAUGAUGGGCAUGAUGAAGGGGAAUAUGAUGAUGAUGAUUCCACAGACAUUGAUUAUGAGUUGGAUUAAUGCCUUUUUUUCGGGAUUUGUUAUUUGUAUGCCCCCCGUCUCCCUGGGGACUUGUAGGGUGCUAACUGCUGUAGUGAAAUUGCCGUUCCCGCUUACGAUCCGCUUCAAGUCCAUGCUACAGUCUGGUGUUAUGACCCGUGACCUAGAUGUCAGGUGGGUGUCUAGUCUGUCAUGGUACUUCCUCAACCUGUUCGGUCUGCAGUCUGUGUUUGGGUUUAUUCUUGGUAGUGAUAACGCUGCGAACCAUAUGGCUUCGCAAAUGUCUGGUAUGAAUCCUACCGCUGGCAUGAACCCGUUCCAGCCCGGUCAGGACCCUGAUAAGUUGUACUUGAACGAGGCGGAGAACCUCGAGGUCAUGGAGCACUUCUGCAUUUAUGAUGGGAUUGAGGAAAGGAUUUUGCACAAUCUUGCUUCCAAGUGA